AACUCCACGCUGGAGAUGGUGAAGCGCUUGAUCCGCAACCAAACUGCAGUAACCGCGACUCUGGAUAAACAAAAGCAUAAACUUGUCCUCCUGACGCCUCCAGAGUGGGACAAACUCCAGAGACUGGAGACACUUCUAGAGCCCUGCAGAUAUGUGACUGAACUGCUGGGAGGAGAGGCCUACGUCUCCUGCUCUGUAGUUCUACCAGCCUUCUGCCACCUGCGCCGUGUCAUGGAAGUAACUGAUGAGGACCCUGCAUAUGUGGUGAGGUUUAAAGAGAAGUUUAAGGAAGACCUUGCUUCCCGCCAGGAACAUACCAACUAUGCAUGGCUCCAGAUCGCAACUGCACUGGACCCACGUUUUAAAGACCUACGCAGUGUGCCCAAGACUGACAGAGAAGCAGUGUGGACCACACUGGCAGGCAUGCUGCAUGAAGACUCUCCUAGAAGAUCACACACUGCAGAAGAAGGUCCAGCCAAGAAGAGGCUGAGCCUGCUGCAGAUGGACUCUGACUCUGAGUCAGAGGAGGAGGUACAGCAGGACAGAGCCAUACAGCGCUACAGAGCAGAGCCCUGCACUGCCUUAGAGGACUGUCCCUUACAGUGGUGGGCAGCUCAUGCAGGAGCCCACAGCCAGCUGGCCCGCCUUGCUCGCAGAUACCUGGCCACUCCUGCCUCCACAGUGCCCUGUGAGAGGCUGUUCUCUGUAGCAGGGCACAUUGUGAACAAGAAGAGGUCUGCUCUGCACUCAGAGAACGUGGACAAGUUGGUUUGUCUCAGCAACUGGCUGAAGGAUGAGUAGACCAGAGGACCGUGUGUUUAGAGCUUGUUCUAUGGUUGAAUGUGAUUUAAACAAUACUUUUCACUGUUGUUCAUAUUUUUUUGCACUAAUCUACCUUACCCAAAAGGAUGAUUGGAGAUUUUUUCUAUUUUGCCUGUUGAAUUAGGCCUAUGUUCUGUGAACUUGAAGAUGUAUAUGGAUAAAACAAUGUGCUAGAUUUAAACGGGUGGAAAACAUUCAGUAAAAAUCCCUCACAAUUAUUUGAAGCCCUGUUCUGCUUGUACUGCUUGUACUCACAAUUAAUAAUAAAUAAAACAAACAAGUGUGUUAAAAACCACUAUCUGUCCCG